ACAGCUAUGCCGAUCAUCGUGAAGGAUUUCACCUGGGAACAAACCGACAAGGAGGUUUUUAUUUCUGUUCCUUUAAAGGGGACGAAAGCAAGCCAAUCCGAUGUAAUUUGUACGGAUGAAUAUCUAAAGGUCUGUUUCCCACCUUUUCUGUUUGAAGUCAUUCUCUUUGCUCCAAUUGAUGAAGACAGAAGCAGUGCAAAGAUUGGUAAUGGAAUUAUACUGUUCACACUUCACAAGACAGAACCUUCUGUGUGGGACUCCAUCGCUGUGCCUAGUAAUACAGCAGACUUGAGUACAGUUGAAAUUUUAGAACAACUCAGUGAUGAGGAUAUAACUAACUCUAAUGAUGUAACCCUGCCUGACUCUAAUACGUGGAAAACCGCACUCAAACCAAAAUCCAAAUACCAUCCCUCCAUGUCCAAUUCACCUGAAAUUCAGCUUGAGGAGGACGAGCGAAAACGAAUAGAACAUAUAAAAGAGGAAGAAAAUAGAAAAGCAACUGAAGAACUGGAGAGGUGGAAAGCACAGCAGACGAUUGAAAAGGAACAAAAACGGCUGCAGAGAGAGGAAAUCAGAAAAGCUGAAGAGAAAAGGAAAAAUGAAAGAAGCAAAUCUAUAUUCCCAAACACAGUAAAGCCCCAAAUAACAACUGAAAAAAAAGUUAUCGAGAAGGUGCUGCCUCCUACCCGGACAUCUGGCUCGAUAAAGAUUCAGUUCACCCCUCGUAUCUUCCCCACGGCUCUCAGGGAAUCUCGAAUGGCAGAAGAAGAAGAGUGGUUACACAAGCAGGCUGAGGCCCGAAGAGCAAUUAAUGCUGAUCUACUUCAAUUCCCCGACUUGACAGAAGAAGAAAAAAAUCCAGAGUGGCUGAAGGAUAAAGGAAACAAGUUGUUUGCCGCUGGGGACUAUCUUGCAGCUGUCAACGCUUUCAACCUGGCAAUACAGUUAAACCAAAAGCUUCCAUCUCUGUACCUCAAUCGCUCUGCGUGCCAUCUUAAGUUACGUAACCUGCAUAAAGCCAUUGAAGAUUCCUCAAAGGCUUUGGAGCUUCUGACACCACCGGUCCCAUCCAAUGCCUGUGCCAGAAUUAAAGCCCAUGUGAGGCGCGGAACUGCCUUCUGUGAGCUUGAACUUUAUGUGGAAGGUCUCCAGGACUAUGAAGCAGCACUUAAGAUAGACCCCAAUAACCAGAAUGUAAAAGCUGAUGCAGCGAAAAUUCGACAGAUCAUCCAGGGUUCCUCUUCAACUCCUGAAUGAAGAAACAAAUAUAUGUUUAUAUAACGGACAUCAAUAUAUUAUGGAUUUUCCAUUUGGAUAUUUACAACAUUUCAGUGUUGUUUUUAAGAUUUUCCUAUAUGUGUACGGUCUUAAAAUAUCUUCAUUUCUCUUCAAUAUAGAUUCAGAAAUACAAAAUACUACACUGUUACAUACAAGAAUUCAGGAUCUUUGUUAAAGGGAUAUUAAACUGUUUGAAAUUGUAAUAUUAAGGGCUAGAUUACAGGUGAGGCGCAAACGGUUUUGUGCAAGCAAAAUCGUCUUUUCGCAAGCCUUUUUAAUUGCGCUGAUUUUGCAAGUUGAGUAAAAUCACCAUUUAUGCUUCAAUCCUUAUCGAAAUUUCAGAGUUGUGGUUAACUGUUUUCCAAAACAAAAAAUUGCACAAAACACAUCAAAUAUACAUUACACAAAGUACAGUUACACUCAUAUUAACACUGUCUAAUACAAAUUCUAAAAAAAAAAGUAUUGCACAAAAAAGUUAUAAGGGCUCAAAGAUAUGAGAUCUCUCAAGUGUUAGAAAAAAAGCCACCAAAGUACUUUAAUAUAGAGAUACAUACACAUACAUUGCUAUGCAAAAAUCUUUUUUUCUCCAUUAAUUUCUAUGGGGGAAUAUAUGAACGCGCACGCACUAUUUGGGUUACCGCUUGCACAAAAUAAAAAAAAUUUGGAACUUGUAAUAUGAGCGUAACCCAACUAACUGAAAAAGGUUACCUCUAGCUGAGUUUUCGCGAUCGAGAAAAAAAAAAAUACUGCGCCACUUGUAAUCAAGCCCAAAAUGUUUAAUUAUGUGUAAUAAAAAAAAAAAAUUACAA